CACGCCAGGUUCUUCGAAGCAAUUCAUUCACGCAGUAAAAGCAGUCUUCCAACUAAAAAUAAGAGAGAAAGAGUUAGAAUCGUGAACUAUAUCACCACGAUGGCGGAGCUGUACGACCAAAGCAGGAGAAACGAUGCCCUGCAACGGCUCAACCAAACUCUUCUUCAAAUCGAUCCUUACAUACUCCCGCCUUAUCCAAAUCUCUCUGUAGUUGCCGGGCCUUUGGAUCCUCCCCUUCUCCAACUCACGCUCUCACAAUUGCUCGCACAGCAAGUCCAAAGGCAUUCUCAGAAUGAGUGUCUCGUGAUAUCGUGGACACAAGCAAGAUGGACCUAUCAGCAGCUGUGGGAGCAGUCUAAUCUGCUCGCAAGGGCAUUGUUAAAGUACGGCGUGCGACCAAGAGAUAGGGUUGGUAUCAUGAGUGGAAACUGUGAGAAAUACGUCGCAGUUUUCUUUGCUUGUGCGCGAAUCGGUGCGAUAUGCGUAACACUGAAUAAUACGUAUACGGCUACAGAGAUGGAGUUCGCUUUGAAUCACACUAGAUGCACCUUCCUGUUCACAAGUCAACGGAUUGGAAGGUUCGACAAUUCUCCACUUCUACAAAAGCUCAAAGAUGAACAAAUAUCGUCGGUUAUACCUAACCUGAAGGCUGUAUGCCUGAUCAGAGGUGAUGACAAUCGUUUCAUUCGCUACGACGAUAUUUUGAGAGAGGCAGACUCGGUACCGGAACAUGUACUCGACAUUUUCGAUAGUGUUAUCAGUCCCUAUGAUGUAGCCAACCUCCAAUUCACCAGCGGAAGCACAGGCAGGCCCAAAGCCGCCAUGCUCACUCAUCACAACCUCGUCAACAAUUCUCGCUUCAUCGGCGAUCGCAUGCUCCUUACCGUCAACGACACCCUCUGUUGCCCACCACCCCUUUUCCACUGCUUCGGUCUGACUCUAGGACUCCUCGCAGCCCUCACCCACGGUAGCUGCGUGGUCUACCCCUCUGAAUCCUUCGAUCCAGCAGCCACUGUCUCCGCCAUCAACGACGAACGCUGCACAGCUCUUCACAGCGUCCCAGCAAUGAUGGAAGCCAUCGUCAACACCCCCAAACCCUCGAAUUGGACCUCGCAGCUCCGCACUGGUAUUGUAGCUGGGAGCCCCGUUCCGCGCUGGCUCAUGGAGCGCAUGGUCAAUGAGCUAGGCAUGUCGGAUUUCACGUCUAGCUAUGGCAUGACGGAAGCUAGUCCUACCAUCUUCAACGCGCAUACUACCGAUUCAAUGCAUGCGCGUCUCACUACCGUUGGGACCGCUAUGCCUCACGCGCGCGUCAAAAUUGUGGAUCGACACGGCCGUAUUGUACCUAUUGGCGUGAGAGGCGAGCUCUGCGUUGCGGGGUAUCAAGUUUGCGGUGGGUAUUGGGAGAACGAAGAGAAAACCAAGGAGGUUAUGGUGAGGGAUGAGAAGGGUGAACUGUGGUUGAUGACAGGUGAUGAAGCGGUGUUAGAUGUGGAUGGGUACUGUACGAUUACGGGGCGGUUCAAAGACAUCAUCAUCCGAGGUGGCGAGAACAUAUAUCCCUUGGAAAUCGAAGAACGCUUGAUUGAGCAUCCAUCGAUAACUCGAGCCAUUGUUGUCGGCAUAUCGCAUCCGCGCUAUGUCGAAGUUCCCAUCGCUUUCUUGUCGCUCUCUCCUGAUGCCGAAGAGAAGCCUGGUCUGGAAGAAGUCAAGUCUUGGGUUCGUAAAGUCCUCGGUCGGCACAAAGCCCCGAUGCUAGUGUUCUGGGAGGGAGGAAACGAAGGCUGGGAUGGACAGAUCCCAUUGACAGGUAGUGGAAAAGUACAGAAGUUUCGGUUACGAGAGUGGGCUGAGGGGGUUGUGGGCAACUGGGAUGGGCGAUGA